CCCCCCCCCCCCAUAUCUCUCUCCUCUUCUUCUCUCUCUCUCUCUCUCGCUCUUUCUAGUUUCCUGUUGAGAACUUUAUACGAUACGAGACGUGCCUCAACCAGACCUGCUCAAGGUGGGGGUCAAUGAAAGAACAAAGCAAGGAAGCUCACGGGAAGAAAAGAGAAGAAAAGCUAUCACCUUAAAGCUUAAACAAAGCUGAUUGCAGAAAGCCAGAGCUUUUCUUCUCUCUCUCUCUCUACCAAUAUUCUUUCUUCUAGGAGUAAAGCUGGAAGCUCACUUCUCCAACCACCCCAGCUAGCUGUACAGGUAGGGAUCGCUAGGCGCUAGCUUGUCUAACCAUCCCCACCAUAUAGUGACCAAAAAGGACAAAAUCCACUCAUGCUAGACAACGCUGCUGCUUCUGGCGUUCCAUCAUCUUCUGAUGCUUUUGCUUCUCAAGAGAAUGGGGUCACUAAAAAAAGAAAAAGAAGACCAGCAGGCACACCAGAUCCAGAUGCCCUAGUCGUGUCUCUCUCUCCCAAAACAUUAUUGGAAUCUGACCGAUAUGUGUGUGAGAUCUGCAACCGAGGGUUCCAAAGAGACCAAAAUUUGCAGAUGCAUAGACGAAGGCACAGAGUGCCAUGGAAAUUGCUUAAGAGGGAGACGCAGGAGGUGAGGAAGAGGGUUUUUGUGUGCCCCGAGCCUAGUUGUUUGCACCAUGACCCAGGGCACGCUCUUGGGGAUCUUGUAGGAAUCAAGAAGCAUUUCAAAAGGAAGCAUAGCAAUCACAAGCAGUGGGUGUGUGAGAAAUGCUCCAAAGGAUAUGCUGUUCAAUCCGAUUACAAGGCCCACCUCAAAACCUGUGGUACUAGAGGCCACUCAUGUGAUUGUGGUCGUGUGUUUUCCAGGGUAGAGAGUUUCAUUGAGCACCAAGACGCUUGCACGGUCCGGGAAGCUCGGCCGGCUGAAAGACAAUCGCUUCAACGGGCCUGCUCAUCUCGAACAGCAUCGAGCACCAGCCCAUCAAGCGACACCAAUAAUUUCAGCACAACCCUGUUACCUGGUUUUCUGAUGUCAAAGCCGGCUGAAGUACUACCUGCUUCCUUAAGCUCGGAUAAAAAAAAUCAACCAUCCACUUCCGAACGUAACCAUAAUUUGGAACUUCAACUCUUACUUUCAUCUAGAGCCCUCUCGUUGCGAAAUUCGGAUGAUACUUGCGCCACCCAUUUGAAUCUUUCGAUCGGUUCAUGUGAUGGCAGCGAGAAAAAUGAAUCAAAUAAGCCUACUCGGGAAGUCAGGAGGGUAAAAGAAUUUGCAAAGGAGGAGCUAAAGUUGGCCAUCGCUGAAAAGGCCUACUCAGAGGAAACCAGGCGAGAAGCGAAGCGACAAAUUGAGCUAGCUGAACUUGAGUUUACAAACGCCAAGACGAUAAGGCAAAAUGCGCAGGCCGAGCUCGAAAAGGCACAGUUACUAAAAGAUCAAGCAACCAAGAAAGUCAGCUGCACCAUGUUGCAAAUGACUUGCCAGUCUUGCAAGCAAAAAUUCCAGGCAUCCAUGGUUGCCGCACCGUCCGAGGAGACCUCCCAUGCUGUCAGUUAUGUGUCGUUGGCCAUGACAGAAGGGGAAGGAGAAUGAAAUAUUGCGCGCAAUAUAUAUGACCUUGCAACCAUGUAAACAAACAGCUGUGUCUUUAAUUUGUAUUCAAAGAGUCUUCCAUAAUCUUCCAUAGCCUUUUAAAGUGAUAAUUUUAUCCUAGCUGCAUGCAUCAA